AUGAUGAAGUAUUUCUCAAUCCUUGCCAUUGUCGCAUCUUUGUUCGUGUUCUUCAAGUUCACUGCCGCCGCAGACUUGCCUGAGAACCCUCCUUUCACCCACAAGGUCUACUUUGACAUUGAGGAGGAAGGCAAAUCCAUUGGUAGAAUCACCAUUGGAUUGUUUGGCACAGUGGUGCCCAAGACCGUGGAGAACUUCCGUCAAUUGGCUAUUUCUGAAGACCCCAAGUUUGGUUACAAGGGCUCUAUCUUCCACAGAAUCAUCCCUAAAUUCAUGCUUCAGGGUGGAGACUACGAGACCGGAAAAGGGUACGGUGGAAAGUCUAUCUACGGAGGCAAGUUUGACGACGAGAACUUCACUUUGAAGCACGACAGACCUUACAGAUUGUCCAUGGCUAAUGCUGGAAAGAACACUAAUGGUUCGCAGUUUUUCAUCACCACCGUGGUGACUUCGUGGUUGAACGGUGGCCACGUUGUUUUCGGUGAAGUUGUUGAUGGCUUCGACGUGGUUGACUACAUGGAGAAUGUCAAGACCAGCUACGGUGACAAGCCUGUCAAGGAGCUCAAAAUUGCUGAUGCUGGUGAGUUGCCAGUUGAGCAGGUCAACACUAAGGACGAGCUCUAG